AGAAAGACAUGAGCUUGUUCGAUUCUGCGAGUUUGAGAGGUGAAGAUAUUUUGUAAAUUCACCGCAAGAAUCAGAGAGUAACAGCAGGGGCAGGAUUACCAUUCAGGACAGAUUUACAGUUUUACUGAGUAUUGUCUGGCAGUUAAUGGGAAGGUCCCGGUGCUGCCAGACCUGCUGAGCUUUUCCAGCAAUCUCUAUUUUUGCUCCAGGCUCAGAGGUAGGGACACUACCACUUCGCUGGAAGAGCCCUAAAUUGACCCCACUCACUAAAUUGGAAGAGGUGAUCCGCUGGACAGGGUACAGCUCGGAAACAGCUGGGAGCAGCUUGCACAGCGCAGUUGGGAUUGUUCAUUGCAGUAGCUGCCUUUUCAAUGGCCGACAGCCCUUUCAUUGAGGAAACCCGGCCUUACGGCUAUAAGGAGGGUCUGGAAUGGGGAUAUGAGGAAGGAGUGGAAUGGGGCCUGUUGUUUCCUGAAGCAAAUGGAGAGUAUCAGUCCCCCAUAAACCUGAACUCCAGGGAGGCAAAGUAUGACCCUUCGCUAUUGGAAGUACGUUUAUCACCAAAUUAUGUUGUUUGUCGAGAUUCUGAAGUAAUUAAUGAUGGUCACACUAUUCAGAUACUGCUGAAGUCCAAAUCAGUUUUAACUGGUGGCCCGCUGCUUGGAAAUCAUGAAUAUGAAUUACAUGAAGUUCGAUUUCACUGGGGCAAAGAGAACCAGCGUGGCUCUGAACAUACUGUUAAUUUUAAAGCUUUUCCAAUGGAGCUCCAUCUUAUCCAUUGGAACUCUACUUUGUUCAAAAGUAUUGAUGAAGCUCUGGGAAAGAAACAUGGGAUAGCAAUCAUUGCUUUGUUUGUCCAGAUAGGAAAGGAACACUUGGGUCUAAAAGCUGUCACUGAAAUCCUUCAGGAAAUCCAGUACAAGGGAAAAUUGAAAACCAUACCAUGUUUCAAUCCUAAUACCUUACUUCCUGAUCCACUCCUUCGAGAUUACUGGGUAUAUGAAGGGUCUCUGACCAUUCCACCGUGCUGUGAGAAUGUGACUUGGAUAUUAUUCCGAUACCCUCUAACAAUCUCUCAGUUGCAGAUAGAAGAGUUCCGAAGAGUACGAUCCCACAUUAAAGGAGCAGAGCUACCUGAAGGAUGUGAUGGGAUUUUAGGAGACAAUUUUAGACCAACUCAACCUCUCAGUGAUCGAAUUGUCAGAGCUGCAUUCCAAUAAGAAAUGCUGAAGAUGAACAGAAUCAGUUCCAGG